AAAGCAUUUUCCGAAAGUCAUCAUCAACACACUCGUUCGCCACAGGAUUGUUUUGUGCCCGGUCAUUUUUCGUUGAAUUUUUCAGUAUAAAUCCGGAAAAUUCGUCCAAAACUAGUGUUCUUCAAGUAAGUAAACUCCCCUGAAUCGAAUUCACCAUGGCCGGAACCCUGGAGGACAAAUCCAUUUGGGAAGACGGAGAGGAAACACUGGGCGAGGAAGUGCUUCGUAUGCCAACCGAUGAGAUCGUCAGCCGGACCCGUCUGAUGGACAACGAGAUCAAAAUCAUGAAGAGCGAAGUGAUGCGGAUCAAUCACGAGCUGCAGACCAUGAACGAUAAGAUUAAGGACAACACCGAGAAGAUCAAGGUCAACAAAACGCUCCCGUAUCUGGUGUCGAAUGUGAUCGAACUGCUGGACGUGGACCCGCAGGAGGAGGAGGAUGACGGUGCGGUGGUGGUGUUGGACUCGCAGCGUAAGGGCAAAUGCGCCGUUAUCAAAACGUCGACCAGACAGACCUACUUCCUGCCGGUGAUUGGACUGGUCGAUGCGGAGAAACUCAAACCGGGCGAUUUGGUCGGAGUGAAUAAGGACUCCUAUCUGAUUUUGGAGACACUGCCGGCCGAGUACGAUGCUCGGGUCAAAGCCAUGGAGGUGGACGAGCGACCAACGGAACAGUACUCGGAUAUUGGCGGACUGGACAAGCAGAUCCAGGAGCUGAUCGAGGCCGUCGUCCUGCCGAUGACGCACAAGGACAAGUUCAAGAACUUGGGAAUCCAUCCGCCGAAGGGUGUGCUGCUGUAUGGACCUCCCGGAACCGGUAAAACUCUGCUGGCCCGUGCAUGUGCCGCCCAAACCAAGUCUACCUUCCUCAAGCUGGCCGGUCCCCAGCUGGUGCAGAUGUUCAUUGGCGACGGUGCCAAGCUGGUUCGCGAUGCCUUCGCCCUGGCCAAGGAGAAAUCUCCGGCGAUCAUCUUCAUCGACGAGUUGGACGCCAUCGGUACCAAGCGUUUCGACUCCGAGAAGGCUGGAGAUCGUGAGGUGCAGCGAACCAUGUUGGAACUGCUUAACCAGCUGGAUGGGUUCAGUUCCACGGCGGACAUCAAGGUCAUUGCCGCGACCAAUCGGGUGGACAUUCUGGAUCCGGCUUUGUUGCGUUCCGGUCGUCUGGAUCGUAAGAUCGAGUUCCCACAUCCGAAUGAGGAAGCUCGCGCCCGCAUCAUGCAGAUCCAUUCGCGUAAGAUGAACGUCAGCCCGGAUGUGAACUUUGAGGAGCUGGCCCGCUCGACGGAUGAUUUUAACGGUGCCCAGUGCAAGGCGGUGUGCGUCGAGGCCGGUAUGAUUGCGCUGCGACGUUCGGCGGUUGCCGUUACCCAUGAGGACUUUAUGGACGCCAUCAUGGAGGUGCAGGCCAAGAAGAAGGCCAAUCUGAACUACUACGCGUAAGGGCGGCCCCAGAAGAAGACUUGGUAGGUAAGUGGAUUUGUUCAUUAAAAAUCUUAUAAUAUCGCUAACUUGUACUAGCAAUAAACAAUUGUAUUCUGAUUA